UUCGACAUCAACUUCGCAUCCCUCGGUCAACAUUCUUGCUACGCAAUCUUCGCUGGUAAGCUGCUUGAUCUGCAUCAGGCGACUUGCUCGACACAGGAGCUAUUUCUUGAUCCCAUUGACAUAUUUGCACGCUCAAAGGUCAAGCUUUGGGAUUCGAGGCUGCUCCGCAUCCCCGCAACGAGAGCUUAUACCUUCGCUUUCCGACGACUCACACGUACGCGCAACACUCAAAGUACAUCUGGUGUUUGCAAUCAAGCCGUCGACUUAUUGCUACAGCUAGACUGUUCCAGUACCGUCAUAGCAACCUCGGUCCUGCCCCGCGACCCCGCGAUCUGAACAUCUGGAAGCGCAAUGAGUCCCAUGGAACGGCUACAGAAGCUUGCUUCACAUUUCACAUCAGCAAGCCCAGUUCCAGGGCCUGCAGCCAAGAUACAGCCUGGAGACAGUCAUGAGUACCAUCACAGGAACAACUACCACACGUUGUCACCAACAAGCUUGCUUUGGCGGGCGGCCUGUAUAGAACCAAAUGCUACAGCAAUCUAUCACAAAACGGCAAAUAAUAAGAUUCUUCGACGCUCGUAUCUUGAGACGGCCGACCGGGCGCGCGGCUUCGCCUACUACCUUCGCAAGCACAACUAUAAGCGCGUCGGACUGCUUUGCACAAAUACCCCCGCCUUCCUCGAAGCAUUGUUCGGCAUCGCAGCCGCUGGCUCCGUCUCGGUCGCUGUAAAUUACCGACUGAAAACCGACGACAUAUCGUAUAUUUUCCAGCAUUCGGACGUCGACCUCAUAAUCGCGGACUAUGAGUUUGAAGAGUUGUUGGGACAAUAUAAAAAUGAGAGAUCAGCCGUCAAGAUCAUCAUCGAUACAGAUACGGAUGUGACAGAGGGCGAGUUAAGCGGACCAUUCGACGAUGCGGUGCUUGAAGGCCUCACGUACGACCACGAGAAUGGAUCCAAGGGAUGGGCGGACCUCGAAGCGCAAGCCAAAGACGAGGAAAGCGUCAUCGCAUUGGCAUACACGAGCGGUACCACAGCACGCCCUAAAGGCGUCGAAUACACACACCGGGGAUGUUAUCUCGCGGCAAUGGGCAACGUUAUCGAUUCUGGACUCAACUUCCACAAAGGUCGAGCCAAGUACCUUUGGACUCUUCCCAUGUUUCAUGCGACUGGCUGGACGUUUCCCUGGGCCGUCACGGCGGUACGCGGGACGCAUUACUGCCUCAGGAAGAUUGACUACCCGGAGAUCUGGAGGCUCUUGAAAGAAGAGGGCAUCACCCACUUUAACGCCGCGCCUACAGUAAAUACUUUGUUGUGCGCAGCGAAGGAAGCAGAGAAACUACCUAACCCCGUGCACGUCACCGUUGCAGCGAGCCCGCCAUCAGCAUGGCUCUUCGAACAAAUGACGAAUUUAAAUCUGCAUCCGGUACACGUUUAUGGCCUCACAGAGACAUAUGGCCCGAUAACCAAGGGAUAUCAUAUGCCAGACUGGGAAGAGCUCCCUGAGAAAGAGAAGUACGCGAAGAUGGCGCGACAGGGACACGGCAUGGUCAUGUCGCUACCCGCGCGCGUCAUCAAGACGGAACAGCCCGAAGGUGUUCUUAUCGAUGUCGAAAGAAACGGAAAGGAAAUUGGGGAGAUUGUCUUCGAGGGUAACAUUUGUGCGAAGGGGUAUUACAAGGACGCAGAAGCGACCAGAAAGCUGUGGGCCGGCGGCGUGAGCCAUUCUGGUGAUCUUGCCGUCUGGCAUCCAGACGGCGCAAUCCAAAUCCUGGACCGAGCGAAAGACAUCAUCAUCUCAGGCGGCGAAAACAUCUCUUCGGUCGCACUCGAAUCAAUGCUUGCCACGCAUCCCUCCAUUCUCGAAGUCGGCGUCGUUGCUGUCCCCGACUCGCACUGGGGCGAGCGACCCAAAGCAUUCGUCACCGUGAAGGAGGGCGGCUCUCUACAACCUGACGAGGUCAUCACCUGGGCGAAAGAGAACAGCAAUAUCAGCAAAUUCAUGGUGCCAAGGGAAGUGGAGGUAGUGCAGGAGCUGCCAAAGACGAGCACAGGAAAGUUGAAGAAGAACGUUCUUCGAGAGUGGGCGAAGGGAAAGAGGAGUGCUAGCUAGACGGCAUGAGAAGAAAUAUGUGAAUGUAAGGCAGAGGCGAGUGCAUGUGAAUAAGAGAAAG